CUCAGGAAAUGGGGGAAGAGGCAGAGCAGAUGUUCAAAAGGAUUAGCAGAUUGUGGAAAAAAGGAGGAUUUGGACAGAAGGAACCUGUUGCAUAAAUUCUUAACUACUAAACUUGUAGGAAAACUCCAAUAUUUAAAAUUUUAAACAAAGCUAUAUAGGUAAAUACCUUCAUAAAAGAAAAUGUCAUUUUUGUACUUAAAAUGCACAUAAUUUAAAAAACCAUGAAGGUGCUAACCUCUUUCUCUCUGUGGUAGCUGCUAAACUUUAAGGAAUACUUUUUGAUACAGUUUGUUACAUUUGAUGAUGAUGAUAAUGUGGUUGUUUGAGUUAAAGGAAACAGUAAAAAUAAAUUUGAAAGCACAGUUCUGGAUGAAACAGCAGUAUCCUUACAUUAUUUUUUAAUCUCAGUUUUCAGUUUAAAAGUUAAGAUCUUAUGAUAAUUUGAAGGCUGGGUGGGAAAAUUAGGGCAACUUAUUAAAAUUAUCACACUUCUGCUUUUUUAUUUUAAAGGUAAAGAGUAAAUUGCAUUGUCAUAUAUUUGUACCUCAGGUCUAUUGGUAGUUUCUGGUUUUUGUCAUUUGAAUAACUUGAUUUCUCUUUUUUUUUUUAAGACCAAAGUAUUUUUGAGUUUAAAAUUUUGGAGGUUUUCACCUGUCUUUCAAAAAAAAAUUAAUUGUACUCCAUAAAAAAUCAAGGCAAAUUUAAUUAGUAUGUAUCAAAUGUUCAGUUUGGUCAUGUUGACUAUCACUUGUUACACGGGAGGCAGUUUGUGACUCUAGGGUGCAAUGGAUGAUGCCUUGAACUUGGUAACAUUAAUAAGAAAGGAUUGUAAUUGGCUUAUAUUUACUUCAUGUUUAUAUCAAUAGAUGUGCUUGGGGUUUCUUUUUUCCUUAAAUAAUGGCUGGUAAUUGGUGUCAAUAGAAUUCAGUUUUCUGUUACUUUAUUUUUAGGUUUAAUCUAUGGAAGUACUAGAUUUAGAACAGUAUUUUUUACAUGUAAUAAUCUAUAUUAAUCCUCCACCUAUUAUUUAGCUUUAAAGCAUUUUCUUUGGCUAUAUUAAGCUAAGUGUUUUAUAAAAAUCAUUUUUAGUUACCUCUUUUUGCCUUUUUCUUCUAUGUCUUUUUUCCUUUUUGAUUUAAUUUUCAAUUGGCUUCUAUAGCUCCAUACUUUAUGAAUGAAUCACAUGAUUUACAAAAUUGUGAUUAAUGUGUUGACUUUAAAUGAGUAAUAUUAAAUUUAUUGGCACAUGUCCCUGUUUUUAGUGAUAUUUCACCUGUGUUGUGAUGUAUAGUACAUGAUUCAGUUCAUGAAUAUAUUGCGAAAACAGGUUAUAAAACUACUCCAAUGUAUUGUUCUUUUAAUAGCCAGUGUUAAAACUCUUUAUCAAAUUUUAAUGGCCAGUGUUAAAACUUCUUUAUUAAAUUUUUAUUCAUAAAAGUUUUCCUCAAUGGAAUAUAAAUUCUUUAACUUGAUAGGAACAUUUAUCAAAAAAUUUUCGGACCUCAGGGUCUGAUUACUAAUCUUUUCAAACGUAAACCACAUGGCUUGCUUUUUAAAAGUCAUGUGGUAAAUGGAUUAGAUGUUUUGGUAAAUGUAUUUUGUCCAACAUAUCUUUUUUAUAUUUUCCUACUAUAUAUAAUAUAAAGUGCUUUACUUCUAAGAUUAAAAUAAUAUAUCUAAUAAUGCUUGUACAGUGACUUAACACUGAAAUAAACACAUCCCUGGGCAUGGGAAUAUUUUUCCAAGAUAUAAAGGGGCAUUGAUAAUUUUAAAACUAUCAGUUUCCAAGUCUGUUUCCUUUUGUGCCUUUUCUUAAAAUUAAUCUGUCUUUAGUCCAGUUUUCCCCACAUUUUCCAAAAGAAAGGCAUACUUCUCAUGUCCCAAAUUUUACUGUGGUGCACUGCUUCAGGUUGUAAAAACUUCUUGGGCACCAUCAGAAGACAACAUUUUGAAAGACUAGUUAUGGUAUUGAUGAUGUGAAUUACUGUAAUCACUAUAAUGCCUGGGAACAAAUCUUAUAUACCAGGUUGUUUCCAGUGUUUUGGUUUCAGCAAAAGGGAAGAGGAUCUGAUCAAGUUGUUAGUUAAUAAGAACAUUAAGUGUCUAAUUUUUGAAGAUAUAUUUUACUGUGUGACCUUUGUGUGUAAUGAGAUAAAUGUGCAGAGGAUUGAGUGACAUUGUUAUAACAAAACCUUUCUUAUUUCCAUCUACUCAUCUGUUGUCAGCAAGAUUUCUCAACUUUUACAUCUGCAAAAAUUCAAAAUAAGAGAAUUAAACUUCUUAUUCUACCAAUUAAAAUAUCCACUGAUAGAUGAAUUAAUGUAAAAUCAGUUAUUAUUUUAAAAAUAUUCUAAAGGAAGUUUUAUAAUUAUUGUGGGGAAUAAUUAACAAAUAAACAUUUUUCCUUUAACUUUAUAUGAAAAAUUUCAAGUGUAACACAAAAUAAACAGUAGUAUAACCAGCCCCCAUCCACCCAUUCCUGGCUUCAAUUAUCAUAACUUUUGUUCCUUUACCCCACUGUAUCCCACUACGGGAGAAAUGAUUUUUUUUUUUUUUUUAACAGCUGUUUUGCUUUGGCGGGAUGGUACAGGGGUAGGAUUUACUCUAGGUUAUUUGGUAUGUGUAUGUGUGUUUUUUUCUAACAACUGUGCAAAUUUUCAUUCUGUAAAAUUUUUAGAAUGAUAUGACAUAAUGAUUACUAGAUUCUACAUAUCCCUGGGGUACAUGAAACCUUUACAAGAGAUGACAGGGGCAAAUACAUCUUAUCAGCUUAAAUGGUAUUUCUAGGUAAAUAAUAAAAAGAAACAUUAAUCAAGUACUUUUAUGAUUAAAUGGGGAAGUUUUGAGUAGAGAUUUUCUUGAGUCAACACAGUCAUUCAGAUAUUUUGCCUAUUUACAUAAUCUGCCAGAACAUUUCAGAUAGUUUACACAAAAUCUUAUAUGAUGUUAGACAUUGACAAAUAUCAGUUGUUUCUUUAAAAUAUCAGUUGUUUCUGAAAAAUAGCAUAGAAGUAAAACCUAAUUGUACAUUAAUUUAGUAAGCUGCAAUGUAGAUCAAGAAUGUGACUAUAGUCGAGUUGAGACAGUUUUUGUUAUUUAGUUUUUUUAAAAAAUUAAACAUGACAGCUAAACAAAGAAAGUACAGUUUAGAUCAGAGAAUGAAAGUUCAAUAUAAUUUGUUUAUUUUACAUUGAUUAAUUGUAUAACCAGUAAUUAUCCAUGUGAUAUCCCAAUGCAAAUGCUGACAAUUUUUUCCAAAGGAGUUGUUUUUUGUGCUUUCUCAAAGGUUGAAAAGGUUUUUGUGGUUUAAAUGUUGUUACAUAUUUUACAGCAUUAGGAUCUAUGGAAUAUUUUGACAACUGCAACAGUUCAAUGAAGUUGGUAAUUUCUUCUUUUAAUUGUUUUUCAUUGAACAGCUUUGGAGUUACAUUUCUACAUUUUGAUUUCUGGUGUAUUAUAAAGAAAGAAAACUUAUAAUAUGUCAAAGGACACUUUAGAGGAAAUACAUAGAUAGUGAUUACAGUAUGGCUGUAACUAUAUUAUCCUUAACUUGUUUAAGCUUUGUUAAUUCCUGAUUUUGAAGAAAUAGUGUGGUGGUCUUUCCAGCUACUGAUUUGUAUAUGUGAUUGCACAUUCUUUCUCAAAUAAGUUGAUUUGUUAAGUUUUCAGAUUAUCAGCCACAUCCUAAUCCACUUGUACGGGGGAGAAUGACCCCGGCUUUAUUCAAUUAAAUAAUACUCUGGUACUUCCCCCAUCCCCUUGUAAUAAAACUUUAAAUUUAUUGUUUUGGGUUUUUUUGAUGGCAAAGUUAAAAUUUUCCAGUUUUCAAAUUUUAGUUGUCAAAUUACUUCAUUUUAAACUUGUUUUAAAAAUUAGAGAUGUAUUGUUUCUUUUGGGUGCAUAUCACCAAUUAAUACGUUUGAUUUCAGAUCUACAACUUACUGCUUUGUAAACUUCGCCGAGCAAGGAGUGAAUAAUGCUGAAAAAUUUGACUAUGUAAUGCAGUUUUUGAAUAAGAUGGCUGGUAAUGAAUAUGUUGGAUUCAGUAAUGCAACGUUUCAGUCUGAAAGAGAAAGUGGAGAUCGAAAUUUUGCAAUAGGAUAUUACUUAAAGGAAAAAAAGUGUUUCCCAGAAGGCACAGACAUGGUUGGUAUAUUGGACUUCUAUUUCCAGCUAUGCUCCAUUGAAGUAACUUGUGAGUCAGCUAGUGUGAUGGCAGCAACACUGGCUAAUGGUGGCUUCUGCCCAAUCACUGGUGAAAGAGUACUGAGUCCUGAAGCAGUUCGAAAUACACUCAGUUUGAUGCAUUCCUGUGGCAUGUAUGAUUUCUCAGGGCAGUUUGCUUUCCAUGUUGGUCUUCCUGCAAAAUCUGGAGUCGCUGGGGGCAUUCUUUUAGUUGUCCCCAAUGUCAUGGGCAUGAUGUGCUGGUCUCCUCCUCUGGACAAGAUGGGCAACAGUGUUAAGGGAAUUCACUUCUGUCAUGAUCUUGUUUCUCUGUGUAAUUUCCAUAACUAUGAUAAUUUGAGACACUUUGCUAAAAAACUUGAUCCACGAAGAGAAGGUGGUGAUCAGAGGGUAAAGUCAGUGAUAAACCUUUUGUUUGCUGCAUAUACUGGAGAUGUGUCUGCACUUCGAAGGUUUGCUUUGUCAGCCAUGGACAUGGAACAGCGAGACUAUGAUUCUAGAACGGCACUCCACGUAGCUGCUGCAGAGGGUCAUGUUGAAGUUGUUAAAUUUCUCCUGGAAGCCUGCAAAGUAAAUCCUUUCCCCAAGGACAGGUGGAAUAACACUCCCAUGGACGAAGCGCUGCACUUUGGGCACCACGACGUAUUUAAAAUCCUGCAGGAAUACCAAGUCCAGUACACGCCUCAAGGAGAUUCCGACAAUGGAAAGGAGAAUCAAACGGUUCAUAAGAAUCUCGAUGGACUGUUAUAAUAGUCUUAAGCCCAAGAUUUAAAUCACUUACCUAUGUAAUUGUGGAAAAUGAUUAUGAAGAACGUGUGUAUUCCUAUCUGGUAGUGAUGUAUAUUUUACAACAUUGGUCAUUUCAGUGUUACUGGAGUUUCUUCAUUGUGCGCACAGGACAAAUCUGAUCUCUUUGGGAAAAAAUAGAAAUAAAACAAUCUCCCUACAUAAUGUGAGCAAUAUUUACCUCGUGCAUUGUAUAAUUUGAUGUAAAAGAUACAUUUACCAAUGCUAGCUUUACUGUGUGGUCUUCAUGAUUUUUGUGUAUUUUGUGAAUUUUACAGUUUAUGGUGAUGAUCUACUGAUAUGCAUUUACAAAUUAAACUCUAUUGUACAGUUUGUCCAAAUGGGUCAAGGCUACCUUUAGGCAAGACAGUGUAAUUUUCAUGACUUCAAAUACAGAUUUAGUUUGAGUGAACAACUAUAUGCACUUAUGGUUAUGAGUUUAACAUGUCCCCCAUCACCCUAGCUUCAUGAUGUGACUCUAAAAAUUAUAAUAGUUAACAACUGUUAGUAGGAUAGACCAGAUCUGAUUAGACUUUAUCAGGGAAUCUGUUUAAGGUAUGUUUGGUGACCAAAACAUAUGUGUGAAUGUAGUUAAAAUAUUUUGGAAAGAAUUUCCUUUUUCUAUAUCCCCUCAGACCAGUUUCUUUUCCAGACAUUUAGCUUUUUGCCUUUCCUUUAGCUGGGAAAGCGGGUGCUGGCAUACUAUGCGGUUUUCAUGUUUUCCACAAUAAAACAGAAAAUGCCUCCUGUAUCUGGCAUCCGAGCUGUAACUAUGCCAUUUGUCUACAGGAGAUGAACCAGAGACAAAUUACUAAGCUAAAUACAAAUUAGUCCAAUUCAUCAGCCAAUAAAAGGAAGGGAUGUGCUCCGACAGCUCUUUAAGAAGAUAUUUUUCAGCUUUCAGGAUAAAUUCAGACAUGCUCUAAGCUACCAAAGUUAUUAUGAAGGUAUGGGAACUGCUACAAAUAACAUUUGUUUUAAAACCUGUCAUUAAAAGUCUGCAUCAAGGUAUCUAUUCUGUUUAGGGGAUCACUAGAUCGCUCCUGUUUUCUCCUGAUUUUCUACUGUAUAUUUUUGGUGGACUUUACAGUUCAAUAAUAAGAAAAAGCUAUUUAAAAUCAAAAUCCAUCAUUUUUCUUGGGGAGAAACUGCACAUAUACAUUAUCCUGUCAUACCUCAGAGGUAUAAAAGGGUAUGUUAAUGAGGAUUUCUGAAAUUAAAUACACACACACAAAUGGACUUCUCUGAAGCUGUGUUUAGUGAAAUGAGCAGAAUCCUCAGCUACGUAAAUGCUGGCUGUUAUGUUAAUAUAACAAAUCCCUUUUUCUUCCCCUUUCUGUCAGCACACACUGCUGCUUCCAGGCUAUGUCAUGCCCAGUGGCUCCAAUCCCACUCCAGCGGCCUCCAAAUAUUUCAAUUACUGCUCCCAGUCUAAUCAGUAACUUCUGCCAUUAUACCCUUAUUGCCUAGGCAGCACCUCGGUAGGUGGAACAAGGCGAGUGUUCCUUAACAGAGCUGCAUCAGGCACGAUGCCACUCUCAAGUUUGUGCUGCUGUUUGGAGUAUGGUGGGUGGGCGUUCCUGCCCCAUGGGUCUAUCAGACAUGUAGACAGGUAGUAUUUGUAAAGUGCUGCAGAGGAACAGCAUUAUUCCCAAAGAUAUCAUGGGGUAGACACUCUGUAAUUGCAAUGAUUUUAAAUAAUUGGUCCAACAGCAGCCUGCUCUGUGUAAUUUAAAUGAAACAUUAAGAUAGUUCAGUUACAUGACUUGAAUGACUUUGAGACGUGACUGCCAAUGAUUUUGAGAAUUUUUGUUCUGUUACUUGGGAACAAAGCGUUUUCAUUUUUUCUCAGAUCAAGACUAUUCUGUGCAAUCUUUGUGGUUUAGUUAAAUGUGCCCUUAUUUACCCAUGAUGUUAUUUAUGACUGUAGACUGGGUCUUGCUCUGCUAUUUGCUAUUGGCUGGUAAUAAUAAUGAACACGUUUCACUUAAAUGCUUUUAACUCUGCUGUUAACUGCUGCCAUCAGUAUGCUCCAAAGAUCUUUUUAUUCUGGCUUUAGGAUCAUAUGUGCUUUUUCAGUACCACAGAGCUCUAUAUGGUGGUGUUUCUUUAAAGCUUUGUAUACACUGUUGUUUUUGCUGGUCUCCGUUCUAAUGAUCUCAUCUCUUGAGUGUAAUGUGCUAUACCCCACUGCUGCCCAUCCUGCCCUUCAGCUGCAGAACUAGAUCAGCUAUUGACCAUUUGAUGCUGUUAUCUGCCUGGCAGGAACUGAAUGACCUGAUGCUGGAUUUAGGUUCUUUCUGGGGAUUGUACAGUUAUGAAUGUAUUUGCUUCCAGAACCUCCCAAAGUGAAUCUAAUCUUAAAACUGUAAGUUGUAAGUAUUCUGAAAUUGGAAAAUAUUUAUUUUAAUUGAAAUCAGGUAGUGUUGCUUUUUACAGCUUAAUAAAUACAUGUAUCAAAAAACCAAAAA